AGAUCUUUCCGGUACAUCUCGGUCUAUCUCCUGUUUUUUUUUUAGCUUAAUACUGAUAAAAUCCAGUAUAGUGUAGCCGGUUUAUCAAUUCAUGGCUGUCUCUGUACCUUGUUUGAAAGUAACAGUAAAUGUCGAUGAUUGUGGUGCACUAACUGAACAAAAGGAUCCAGAAUUAUUGCCAAUCUUUUGUUCAUGUCAGUCUGAAUAUUGUAACUGCGGUUCCACAUUAGCGAUUACUCAAGCUUCUGCUACAAAAAUUUAUCAACAUUUAGGUUUCCCUAAAGGAAGGGAUGAAAUGUUGGAACAGGGUUACAGAUCAAAUGCUCUUCAUAUUUGGGGUACUCACAAUCUUAGUACAGAAGAUAUUUUAUCGUGGCUAUCUGAUUACAGCCCGAAAUGUAUCGAAUGGAUAAAUGAUGCAUCAUGUAAUGUGGUGUUUGAGAAUGAAAAUACUGUUCUACGCGCUAUAGCUGAUUUCGCAGAACCGUUUGAUCGUCGUGUUGCAUUAGCUGCAGCUGCUGCUUUAGCCUCACUUCUAGAAAAAGAUGAUAUUAAUGAUGUGGAAUUAAGUCAAUCAGAUAAUUUAGAUGGAUUAUCUAAAGAUUCUAAAUCUUUGACAUUAUCAAAUGAAGCUCUAGAUUCUAUUGAACAAUUUUCUCAACAUUUACCUCCAACCGGACGUUGGUAUAAAGCAUUAUCGGUUCCACCCCAAACAAUAUCACUUUUCCUACGAUUCCCACAUAAAACAGAUAUAAAACUUCCUGGCGCAGAACGCCGCAGUCUUUAUUACCGCCGUUUUGGUAACCCUAAUUAUGGUGGAAUGACUGGCAUCUUAAGUCGUUCAUACAGACGUCGUGUUCGGAUAUCGCGAAUCAAAUCCAGCAACGAUCCAAACGGUGACUCACGUCAUAUUGAAAGUUUGUCUGCACAAUUUGCCGAGUUGGUCGCCAACGCUUAUGAUGAUCCUGAUUCAGUAGUUAGUGAAAUGGUUGAUAAAAGUAACUAUAAUAUAUGGAAUUCAGCUUCCCAGGCACCUGCGCCUGAGCGCCCACUUGUUGUUUACGAUAAUCUGUAUGAAGAGUCAGAUCAACUAACCCAUCCCACAAUAUUUCCCAAAUAUACUACAAAGUCCAACGCAAGACAGCGUCGAAAUGCUAGUGAGUUUCCUGUACCUAAACCCCGACGACAGCCUCACAAGUGGCCUCGUCGAGAUCGCGGUCCAAUACCAAACCGCUGGCUAACGAACGACGACGAUGAUGAUGAGGAUGAUAUUUUUGAAACCCCAGAACCCGGGACGAUUGUGGUUCUAGACCCACGGGAACCAUGGGGCAGUGCAUUGUCUGGUAACUCUAAACCUUCCUUACACUCAAGUGGUUCCAGUCGUGUCAAACGUGCUAAUCGCCAUUAUCCUCGCAGCAUUGCAACAGUAACAUUGAUGCCUGACACUGAUGUUAAUGAUGAUAUAAAUCUGGUGGAAGACGAAAAUUCUCUCAGAACUAGGCGUUUGUUGGCGUCAAUGAGUAUGGUAGCAGAUGUAGAAUCCAACUCUGUAAAACCUCGAUCUGUUUCUGAACGUCUUGGUAUUCCUGGAAGUCGUCCAAUUAAAUCACGUAAACCAAAUAUUUGGCAACGUUUGGGUUAAAAGCUAUGUUCACGUUUGAUAAUCUUUAUAAAAACCUUUUACUUCCUUCCCCUUUUGAUCAAUUUAUGAUAUAUAUUUUUUAUCUUUAGUCUAGUGUACAUAUAUAUAUAUCCAGCACUAUUCUUAACUUGGCUUCUCUUAACUUUAUUUACAAGUUAUAUUCCUAUUUUAACUCCCUAGUUGUAAAUAUAAAACAGAUUUGUUAACACUAACAUUGCCGAUAUUUCUAGUUGCUUUCUUUUUUUUUUUUUUUGAACCAAAUCUGUUCAUCAUAUUCAACUUUAUGCACUUAUUUUGAGAAAUUGUUGAUACUCUUUCAAGUAUUUAAGCCUUAGUAUUCAGGUUAUUAUUUAAAUAUGUUAUCUACUGAUCGAAAGUUGAUUGUCUCAACAUUCAAUAACAAUGAUUUUGUAUUUAUCAAAAUGAAUUGAUCGAUAGGAUUGGUUGUUAUUUUUGUAUAUUGUAAAAUAAUAUAGUUGUUUUCAAAUGUGAAAUACUGCACUGACUUUAAAUAGAAUAAACUGCAUCAUAUAUAUAUAUAUAUAUUUCAUAUGAUUUUUUAAGGAUUACAAUAACAUCUAUUUAUAACUGUUAUAUAGAAAUGUCAAUAAGGUGUUCAAUCUCAUAUUAUAUAUGAGUGCAAUUCUGUUUUAUGUGUAGUUUUGACUGGUUUUUUGUAGAAGUCUUUGCAACUAAAAUGACUAUUCAAACUUCUAAAUUUCAUUGGUGCAUUUAUUCAAUUUUAUAAUAGCCAAUGAAGGGAUAUGUUAUCUCCUAGGUUGCUUGUACUUACUUCUCUAAAGUCUAUGAAUAAUUUUCGAAAGAUUCAUUAGCUGUAAGACUGAAUUCUUUCUUAUUGAAUUUUCUGAUUAAUCUAGAAUUUGAUAUGAGAACAAAAUAAACU